UCACAUUUUAAUGCGUGAUGUUUCCGUUUUCCGCCAUUUUCCUGCGGUGCUUUACCGGGGGUUCCCCGCUGAAAAAAUAUUUUUUCGGGAAAGUUUAAAGGAAACAGUUACGACUCAUUAACAGAUCAUCACUCUCUUUUUUACAAGUGGGCGCUCAUUUUUUUAUAUUUUUUUUAUGAGUCGUAUGUAAAGGAAACUGUUAUAUUUGUGCAAAUAGCACACAUUCUUUUAAUCAGUUUUGGGUGGUACUAUUUCUAAAGCUGUAUAACUUAGUUUAACACCUAACUGUUAUUGUAUUAUUCACCCUACCAAGUUAUGAAGUGUACUAUUUUACAAUGUUCGUCUUGUAUAUAUAGUUGCCAAUGUAAACCUUCAGGGCAAACUGCAAAGUAUGAAGUGUUUAUUGAAAGUUUUUCAUACUUUAUUUUGAUUCUUAUUCUUUUAUUUUCAACGACAUGGCUUUACAGUUGGAGUGUUACAAAUAAUGAUGUAGAUACUAUCAAUUAUUUCUUUUAUGAGCAGUUGGGGUCCUGGUUUAAUUGGUAUAUAUUAAUACUUUCCAUCAGUGUACUAAUAGUGGCAUACCUUCUUACACUGUUUAUUUCUGGCUUAUUGUCUGUUCUGUUAAAUCCCCACCGUUCUCUCCACAUGAGUUUGUUUCAUAAAAUAGUUGUGUGUAUUACCUCUGGUCUAGGAAUUGCUGGUUACGUAUUGCUAUUUAUGUUUUGGUCUCAACUACUAGAUCAAGUGGCAGUAUCACUUACUAUAAUUGGUUGGUUUAUUCAAAUCAGUGUACUACUCCUGUGGGUUUGUUCAUUUUUUAUCUUACAGAACAUUGCAAAACUUUAUCAUAACAAACUAACACGAAGUAUUCUUGCUGUUGCUUACUUCAGUAUAUUUAUUUUUCUUUGUCUUUCUCCUUUACUUAUUAAAUCACCUUGUAUCGGUAACCAUGCUCUACAAAGCCACAAGCCUGUGUUAUUCGGCCACAGAGGGUCUCCUACAGAAGCGCCAGAAAAUACAAUACUAAGCUUUAAAAAGGCCGCAAAAAAUCAAGUUUAUGGUUUUGAGUCAGAUGUCCGAAUUUCCUUGGAUGGUGUCCCUUUUUUGAUGCAUGACCCGACAUUACAACGAACCACAAAUGUGAAAGACAUAUUUCCUACAAGAAAACACCAUGAUGCAGAAACAUUUACAUGGAAAGAUCUUCAGCAACUCAAUGCUGGCCAGUGGUAUCUGCAUGACAACCCAUACCUUAGUAAUGGAGCAUUAAAUAAAUCCGACAAAGAAGAAAUUUCGCUGCAAAAAAUUCCGUUGCUGGUCGAAUUGGCUCAAUUGGCAACCAUGCACAACACAAGCAUAAUGUUUGAUUUGUUCAAACCACCUAAAGAUCAUCCACAUCAUGGUGAUUAUGUUAAUAUAACAUUACAAUCACUUCUCACAUCAGGAAUUAACCAAACACAAGUGUUCUGGAUAUACAGUGAACAACAAGACCUGGUUAACAAAAUAGCUCCAAACUUCAAAUUGGUCUCUAGAACCUAUUUCAAAAAUUUAUCAUCUUUUGGAUUUGAUGCAAUUAACAUGGAAUUUCCAUACAUUAAUAAAUCUAUGACAGAUGAAGUACAAGUUAUUGCUUACACCAUAAACGACUAUUGGGCUUAUAGUUGGACGUGGUGUACUGGAGCUUGGGCUGUCACAACAGACUUUAGCAAUCGCUUUUUACAUGUUAACCAACCAUGCUGGUAUUUAACACAGACACAAUACACCGCAAUAUGGUUGUCAAUAGAUGCAGUCUGUGUUAUGAUCAUUUUGAUAUCAGGUUACUUUAUGUAUAGAAAUUAUAAAAAGACCAGUCACAAGAUGUUUAAUAAUUCUUCUGGUCAAUUAUACAGUGGUACGUACAACCGUGAUAUUGAGGGUAUGGAACUACAUACUGGUACUUUUGGUCAAUAAAAGGGAUACAACACAAACUUGUCACACUAAACAUUUUUUUACAAAAAUUGUGACAGCGCCGAUGUUUAAUUAACAUGAUGAUAUGCAUAAUGAUUUUUAAUGGCUUUUUAUCUCACUUUACUUUUUAAGUAAACAAGGCGCAUGAGUUCUUCACAACAACUUUAAAGCCUCACCAAAUCAAAAAAGUUGAAGAGUGUUGUACUUUGUUACUGCAAUUUUUUGAAAAAGAUCAGAUAUAAUGUGCAGUAUAUUAUCCUGGAGUAAUUCAUAUGAUUUAGUUGAAUUUGUUUUUUUUCAUAUUUAUUGUGUUUAAUUUUGUCACAGAAUAAAAUCAAAGCAAAAUUA